UUUUUAAUAAGACGUAAACAAUUAUUUGAAAAGAAAAGAAACUAAAUUGUGUCAAUUGUAGCAAUGGACGAAAAUCCCAUACUUGAGGAUCAGUUUAAUGACGUUUCCGAUGAUGACAAUUUUAGUGACGAUUCAGAUUACGAAGAUGAUCCUGAUGAUAUUGAUGAUGUUCCAGACAAUCCUGAGAAGGAAAUUAUUGGACAAUACCUUUUAUAUUUACGAAGUAGUACUCGAGCAACAAAUAAAGAUGUCAUCAAUAUUUUAUCGAAAAUGCAAGAAGUUGUAAGAUGGUAUCUUACUCAUUACCUCAAUGAUGUCAGAACUACGCUUCAGGAGAGGCACAAUUUACACUUGAAUGACAUUAUAAAUAUUGAGGAAAUUGUUAACAAUAUUAACUGCAGUCAAGGCCUUCACAGUAUUCACAACCAAAAUUUAUAUUUUCAAGAAAAAUUCAAUGUUGUAAAGCCUAAUAGAAUUGAGUUGGGUGAGAAUUUUGUCCCUUAUGGAACACCUACAAUUUAUGGCAAUCAACCAAUUAAAAGGAAGAAAGAUGAAUUCAUUCACAUUCCCAUUAAUAAUGUUCUUACUAAAUGGUUAGAAAAUGGCUCAUUCGGGAAUGUUUUAUUUAACCCAACACCAAAUGAGGAAGGAGUUAUUGAAACGUACAUGGAUGGAACCUACUUCAAAAACCAUUCUUAUAAGAGGCGAAGACCUGACUGCAAGUUCAUUAAACUAUACUACGAUGAGGUCGAUAUGUGUGAUGCUGUCGGUUCCAAAUCAUCUUCCAAAAAUAAGCUCGGAAUGUUUUACUGGAUGGAUGAAGACAUAUCUCCCGAGAAUAGAUCACAAUUAAAAUUUAUCAAUUUAGCAGGAGUUGUAUCUAAUCCUCACAUCAAUUCUUAUGGAAUGAACAGGAUCCUUCAGUACAUCGUUAACGAUUUAAAACAAUUUGAAAAUGGCCUUCGUUUGUCAAACGGCGAUAUAAUUUACGGAACUUUAUCAGUUUUGAUUGGUGAUAAUCUUGCAAUACACCAGCUCUGUGGUUUUAGAGAGUCGUUUAGUGCACGUUAUCCUUGCAGAAUAUGUAAAGCAAUCAUGGAUCAAAUAAAAACUAUGUUCAGGGAAGAUUCGACAAUACUUCGCUCGUCCGAGGAGCAUGACUUGCAAGUUCAGGCUAUUGAAGCUGCUGUUGGGGAACAAAAUAAAGCAGCACUGAGAACCGCAUUUGGCAUUAACAGGAGAAGUGUGCUAAAUGAGAUUGAAAAUUUUCAUGUUACACAAUCGACGCCGCCCGAUUUAACACACGAUGAUCUGUUGGGAAUCUGUGUUAUAACAACAAGAUUAUUUUUAAAAGAAAUUUGUUGCACUUUACGUUUAAUGACACUUGAUGACUUAAACAAGAAAAUAGCUGAUUUUGAUUAUGGUUAUUCAGAAAAGUCGUCAAAACCUUCACCAAUUUCUGAAAGGCAAUUGUUGGAUGCUACUCAAAAAAUGAAACAGACAGCAUCGCAGAUGGCACAGUUAGUGACAAUGUUGCCAUUAAUAGUUUCGGACAAAGUCGUUCAGGGAUGGGCUCCGCUAGACAAUUACUUAAAAAUGCUAGAGAUUAUUUUAAUAUCACACGCAGAUAAAAUAAAACAUUCAAUUUUGGGUUAUUUGGAAUGUUGCAUUUCUGAAUAUCUCGAAACAUUUCAAACGUGCUAUAAUAGAGAUUUAAUUCCAAAACAACAUUUUCUAUUGCAUAGAGUAAGAGCGAUUCUGAAAUUUGGACCUUUGCAACAAUACUCCACUAUGAGAGCAGAAGCCAAACACCAAUUCUUCAAACGAAUUGCUCAGUGUAUGCGAACCUACAAAAAUUUACCGGUAACACUAGCUAACAAACACCAGCUGCAUCAAGCAUACAUAUUAAAUGGGACUCUAGAGAGAGAGAUUACUUUAGGCCCAACAAAAUGGGUCCCUAUUAAUGUACUUCCUUAUGCAGAGCUGUUUCCAGAUGUAAGACGACUACAGACAACAAGAUGGGUGCAAAUAAAUGGUAUUAAGUAUACUGCACUUAAGUGCUUUUUAGCUGUCGGAUAUAGUGAACAGAAUAUACCACAAUUUGUAGCACUGCACGCCAUCAUUUUGAGAAACAACAAUCCAAUUUUCGUUUGUCGAAAAGUGACAACUGUUGAACAUAAUGUAAGGAUAAUGGCAUACGAAAUUGAAAUUGAAGAAGAUUUUGUGGCCUUAUCAAUUGAAGAUUUGCUGACUGUUGACGUAUUUCACGGACAUCGAUGGAAUGAAACUCAGUACAUUAUACUGAAAAAAGCUUUGGGGAAUUUACACUGACUUAUUUCAGCAUCUUGAAGAAUUCAGAAUGGUAUGGUUGAGAUGCAGUUUUUCUAAAUCGUCUUUUCUAAUUUUUGAUUUCCUAAAACACUUUUCUAAUAAAGGUGAAUUUCUGAAAAUAA